ACAGCGGGCGCGCUGAGGGAAGAUGGCGGCUCCGGUGUCGGCACCGCUGCCGGCUCCGUGAGCGCGGCGCUCGCUCCUUCCCCUCCUCGCUCCUGCACCCCGUCCCUCCCGGCUCCACGCCCCCCCGCCCCCCCCCCCCGCCUCUUUUCCUUCCCCGCCGGGGGCGUAGGGACCAUGUCGGACUCGGAGGAGGAGGACAGUCCGGACCGCCAGCUCAAGCUAGUGGUGCUGGGGGACGGCACCACUGGCAAGACAUCCUUAGCCACACGUUUUGCCCAAGAGAGUUUCGGAAAACAGUACAAACAAACCAUAGGACUGGACUUCUUCUUGAAAAGGAUACUUUUGCCAGGAAAUUUGAAUGUUACUCUUCAAGUGUGGGAUGUAGGGGGGCAAACAAUAGGAGGCAAAAUGCUGGAUAAAUAUAUUUAUGGAGCUCAGGGUGUUCUCUUGGUUUAUGAUAUUACCAACGGCCAGAGCUUUGAAAACUUAGAAGACUGGUAUAAUGUGGUAAAAAAAGUGAAUGAAGACUCAGAAACACAGCCACUUAUGGCCUUGGUUGGAAAUAAAAUUGACUUGGAGCAUAUGCGCAUGGUGAAAGUUGACAAGCACCAACGAUUUUGUCAGGAAAAUAAUUUCAGUAGCCAUUUUGUGUCAGCCAAGACAGGAGAUUCUGUCUUCCUGUGUUUUCAGAGAAUUGCUGCUGACAUACUUGGCAUCAAAUUAAACAAAGCAGAAUUGGAACAGUCACAGAGGGUGGUGAAGGCAGAUAUUGUCAACUACAGUCAGGAGCCUGUGACAAGAACCAUAAAUCCUCCAAGAAGCUCUAUGUGUGCAGUUCAAUGACCAUGCGAUUCUCCUCUAUUUGGAUACCUUUGGAGGUCCUCCUACCCUGAUACAGGCUCUGGGAUUACAAGAAACUUUUUUUUAACAGUGACCACCCCAACAAUGCAAUUAGAGGUUUCAGAAAUGUGUUGCACCAUUAUAUGCUGAGAAGCAGCUGGCAGUUUUUUGACUGGUCAAAAUUUAAACAUGAGACCACACACUUUGAAAAAUUAAGAUCUAUAUUCUUUUAAAUUGUUUAAAUAAUGCAGCAUAACUGUGUUUCUGUGUUUCCGCCUAUUUAUUUGUCUGAUAUUGGAAUAAAAAUGGAUGAAGAAACCCUGCAUUCAAAAUACUUUUAAAGACAUCACCGUGGAAGGGUAUUUUGCCAAAGCAUUUUGAAAAUUUUUUGUCUCUUUUUAUUCGUCUGUGAUCUGAACUAGCACUUGGCAAAACGUACUUGGAAAAGGUAUUGCUGGAAUAAUUUUAAGCACAUAAUAUAUUUUAUCUAGGGAUAAUUUGGAAAGUAUUCUGUUAAUAUAUAUACAUAGUGCAAAAUAUAUAAAUUGUAUCCAGUAAGAAACAGUGCUUGAAAUAAAGCUGUAAUAUAAAAACA